CGGCCAUGGGGGCGGGCGCCGGGGCCGGCGCCACGGGCUGGAGCUGCCCGGGCCCAGGACCCACAGUGACCACUUUAGGCUCCUAUGAGGCAUCUGAGGGUUGUGAAAGAAAGAAAGGCCAACGCUGGGGGUCCCUGGAGCGGCGGGGGAUGCAAGCAAUGGAGGGGGAAGUGUUGCUCCCUGCUCUCUAUGAGGAGGAAGAGGAGGAGGAGGAAGAAGAGGUGGAAGAAGAGGAAGAGCAAGUGCAGAAAGGGGGCAGCGUGAGCUCCCUGUCUGUCAGCAAGCACCGGGGCCUGAGCCUCACAGAGACAGAGCUGGAAGAGCUGAGGGCUCAGGUGCUACAGCUGGUGGCAGAGCUGGAGGAGACCCGGGAGCUGGCGGGGCAGCAUGAGGAUGACUCCCUGGAGCUGCAGGGACUCCUGGAGGAUGAACGGCUGGCCAGUGCCCAGCAGGCAGAGGUGUUCACCAAGCAGAUCCAGCAGCUCCAAGGUGAGCUGCGGUCUCUGCGUGAGGAGAUUUCCCUGUUAGAGCGUGAGAAAGAAAGUGAACUUAAGGAAAUAGAACAGGAGUUGCACUUGGCCCAGACUGAGAUCCGGAAUCUGCGGCAAGCAGCAGAGGAUUCCGCGACCGAACAUGAGAGUGACAUAGCAUCCCUGCAGGAGGAUCUCUGCCGGAUGCAGAAUGAACUCGAUGACAUGGAGCGCAUUCGGGGAGAGUAUGAAAUGGAGAUCACCUCCCUCCGUGCAGAAAUGGAAAUGAAGAGCUCUGAUCCAUCCAAUAGUUUAAAUCUUUCCGAUUACUCUGAGAUGCAAGAAGAGCUGCAGCAACUGCGGGAACGCUACCGUUUCCUGAACGAGGAGUACCGGGCCCUGCAGGAGAGCAACAGUAGCCUCACAGGGCAGCUUGCGGAUCUGGAGAGUGAGAGGACACGAAGAGCAACAGAAAAGUGGCUGGAGUCCCACAUGCUAAAGGAUAUGAUGUCAGCAGAGUCUCAGACUUCAGAAGUGGAUUUUCUAGAACCUGAUCCUGAAACCCAGUUGUUGCGACAACAGCUUCUGGGAGCUGAAGAGCAGAUGCAUGACAUGCAGAACAAGUGUAAGAAGCUGUGUUGUGAGUUGCAAGAACUACAGCAUCAUCGUCGGACCAGUGAGGAGGAGCAGCGGCGGCUGCAGAGGGAGCUCAAGUGCGCGCAGAACGAGGUGCUCCGGUUUCAGACUUCCCACAAUGCCACACAGAACGAGGAGCUGAAGACCAGACUCUGUGCCCUGCAGAAAAAGUAUGAUGAUAGCCAGGAUGAGCAGAAUGAGCUCUUGAAGGUGCAGCUCCAGCUUCAGUCUGAGCUCCGGCAGCUCAAAGUCUUGAAAUCCACAGGCGUAGAAAGCCCAAGUGAGAAGGAGUUACUCUGCCGGCUCCAGAAGCUGCAGCUCCAGUACCAGCACAUCACGUGCGAGAAGGAUAAGCUGCUGGAGGUGCAGCACCAGCUGUGCGGGGACCUGCGCUACCAUGAGGCUGAGGUACAGCGCCUCAAGGACAUCGUGGCCUCCUUCCAGGAGAGCAAUGAGAAGAACGCAGAGAUGCACGCCCAGCUUCAGGAGAUGAAGCGGCUGUACCAGACCAGCAAGGAGGAGCUGGAGCGGCAGAAGUACAUGUAUGAUCAGCUCGAGCAGGACCUCCUGCUCUGCCAGCAGGAGCUGAAGGAGCUCAAGACCACUACACCCAUCCCAGAGGACAAGGGGAAGUGUGCUAAUAAGUGUGACGCACUGCUGUCCAGACUGACCGAGUUGCAGGAGGAGUACAAGGCCAGCCAGAAGGAGAUGGGGCAGCUGCAGAUGGAGCAGUGCGAGCUCCUAGAGGAUCAGAGGAGGAUGCAGGAGGAGCAGGGGCAGCUGCAAGAAGAGCUGCACAGGCUCUCGUUCCCACUGCCCAAAGCUGGGCUCCUCCCGAAGAGUCAGGAGCUCCUUACAAAGUUACAAGACCUGUGUGAACUACAGCUGCUCUACCAAGGUAUGCAGGAAGAGCAGAAAAAACUGGUGCAGAAUCAAGAAAGCGUGCUCAAAGAACAGUCAGCUCUGCAUGAAGAGCUGCAUUUUUUCAAAACGUCUCGUUUCCGGGAUGUGUUGGAGAAUCCCGAUGAUUCCAAAUCACCUAAGUCCUCCAAGUGUGAUCAUGACAAGUCCAAGCUGAUCAUCGCCCAGAUGCAGGCUCUGCAGGUGCUCUACGAGGGCACACAGGCUGAGCAGGAGCUGCUGCAGCAGGAGCAGGGCAGGCUCCUCGAGGAGCGGAAGAGGCUGCAGGCCGACCUGCAGCUCUGCCUGGAAGAAAUGCAGCUGCUCCAGGUCCAGUCCCCCCACAGCAGAAUGAGCCUGGAGAAGAACUAUGGCAGCGUGGCCUCCAGCAGCGAGAACUAUCGCAAGAGUUAUGGGAGCAGCAUCGAGGAGAGCGAGAGCUAUCACAAGAGCUACGGUAGCACCCAGGCCAGCAGUGAGAGCUUUCUCAAGAGCUAUAACAGCAGCAGCAGUGCCCAGGAGAGCAGUGAGAAGAAUUACGGCAGCAGAAGCAGCAGCGUCAUCUACAAGAAGAGUUACGGCAGCAGCACUAGCUCGGACACGGGUCACAAGAGUUACGGUAGCAGCACCGAUGGUGAACCCAACGAGCCUGAAGACAUGGAGCACUGUGAGGACAUGGUCGCCAAGGUAGUGAUCAAGCUGCAGGGCGUGCAGGCCAUGUACCAGCUCAGCCAGGAGGAACACGACCGGCUGCAAGACCGGAUGCAAAAGCUGGUGGACAGGCAGAAAGAGCUGAAGGAAGAGCUGGCUGCCUGUGAAAAGGAAUUCAAGGAAUGCAUGGAAAGUCUUGAGAAGCCCACUGCCUCCCCUAACGACAAGGACAAGAGCGAGAUCAAGGAGCUGCAGGCCAAGCUGCGGGAGCUGCAGCUGCAGUACCAGGAGAGCAUGGACGAACAGGGGCGGCUUCUGGCCGUGCAGGAGCAGCUGGAGGGCCAGCUGCAGUGCUGCCAGGAAGAGCUCCGCCAGCUCAAGGAGAAGAAGUCCUCCAUUGCCAGAGAAACCAGGGGGAAAAGUGGCAACGAGAAUAUGAACAAAAAUGCCAACGGGGUUAAAAAUACAAAGGUGACCAAACCAAGCCUGGCCGAUUCUGAGGGCAGCUGUGAGAACGAAAAGAGUCUGGAGGUGGUGUUGUACUACAAGGCCAGCCACACGGAUUUAGAUGGUCUACUACAAGAGGAAGUAGAGGAGGAAAAGGAGGAGGAAAUCAAAAAGGACACGAAGCAGGACUCCUGCAAUGAACUGGUUUCUGUGCCGUCAGAGCCUACGGAGAUGAGGUCCCCAAAAGCUGAGGAGGGCUGUUACGAAGAGUCCCAAGAGCAGGAGGGCAAGGAAGAAGACCGCAAAGUUGAGAGCGACAACGACGCUUGCCCCGAAGCUUCAGAGGGAAACAACCCCCUCAAGCUUUCUGAGAGCAAAAAGAACAUGUUUGGGAUGUGGAAGCCUAUGGUGUUCUUGGCUAUUGCGGCUGUGGCUCUGUAUGUGUUACCCAACAUGCGACCGCAGGAGUCAGAGUUCUGCCUCAUGGAGUGAUGGCAGACCUGGGCCAGCCGAGGGGGCAGAUCCCCAGUGGCUACUACCCUCAGCUUUGGGCAGGACACACUGUGCCAGAGCCCCCACCCCACCCAUGUGUCCUUUGUGUCCCCCAUCUCCUUAGCCUCAGUCACCCAGGCUGGAAAGGUUAUGGGGAGCUGCUGGCUGCCAUCUCCUGCCUUGUAUAAGAACCUGGGUUCUGUGUCAUUAAAUAUCAACCUAAUUA